CAUGACAGUGACAAGUGGAGCGCGCGCGCGUGCGGAUGCUCCUCUCGCCGCCUGACGUGACGUCGGACGUCUUCGUCACGUUUCACCCACUUAUUGGCCGAGAAACGCGCAAUAUUGUGGACCUGGGUCCCGUUUGAGCGUCGUUGUGUUGAGAAGACAUGAACAUGUACGAGGUUCCCAGCCCGGGAAUACCAGGCUGUCCGGCUGGAUUGGAAUACCUAACUCAGGUGGACCAGCUGCUCAUCAAACAGAAGGUAGAGCUGGUUGAAGCUCUCGUCGGAUUCGAGAGCAACAACAAGUACGAGGUGCGCAACUCUCUGGGCCAGAACGUGUUUUAUGCCGUCGAGGAGAACGACUGCCUGAGUCGACAGUGCUGCGGUCCCAUGCGCCCCUUCUCCAUCCACGUGCUUGACAACUUUGGACAGGAGAUCAUCACAGUCACCCGCCCGCUCAAGUGCAUGUCCUGCUUCUUCCCGUGCUGUCUACAAGAGUUGGAGGUGCAGGCCCCCCCAGGCAACACGGUGGGCUACGUAGUGCAACAGUGGCACCCCUUCUCCCCGAAAUUCAUCGUUGCUAAUGAACACGCAGAGCCCGUCCUCAAGAUCCACGGGCCCUUCUGCGGAUGGAGCUGCCUUCCAGAUGUGGACUUCGAGAUCCUGACCAUGGAUGAGGUCAGCAAGAUUGGGAAAAUCAGCAAGCAAUGGACAGGCCUCCUUCGGGAAGUGUUCACCGAUUCCGACAACUUUGGAAUCCAGUUUCCGAUGGACCUGGACGUGAGGAUGAAAGCAGUCAUGAUCGGGGCAUGUUUUCUCAUUGAUUUCAUGUUUUUUGAGACGACUAACUAAGGAGUUUUACAAAAUGCUAUCAUGCAACGCUGCUGGAAGGAAUGAGGCCACGAAGUCCCGCAAAGUGAGCUGACCCCAAUGCCAUAAUUUGUCACGACUGUCCUCCAACGAAUCGUGUAAGGAAAAGAACGUUUAAAGUUCUAAGAAAGUACGCCGUGAAGAUGCAUGGAUGCGGAGAACAAGGUUUGUUUUAGUCUUUCGGUACUACGUUUUUUUGUUGUUGUUUUUUUUUUUUUUACUUUUUUGGCUUGUGCUCACAUUGGGACGCCUCAGUUAUGAUGGAAAUCACUGGAAUUGUUUUUUUUUUUCUUUUUGUAAUGCUUUAGUAAGACUGCAUAGCUUUAUGUGGCAAGGUCCUAUUGAUACAGAUGUUAAUUCCAAUAGCAAACUACAUGUUUUAACGUAAAAAAAAAGGACUUAAGUGUGUUUAUUUUCAACAGCGCAAUGUGUUUCUGCACUGCUUUAUAUGUGUGUGAUUUAAGUGAACGGUUAAGUGGAAUUUAAAUACAAUGAUUUGAAACAAUCAAAAGAAUAUGAGUAAUAAGGAUUUAAAGCGUAUGUUUCAGCCUGGUCCACAUGAGGUCGCUAGAUUUUCAUGUAAGGCACAUUCGCAAUGACCUCUAAAUCUGCUUUGUGCCAUGUUUUUAUUGCGAGACCAGUGAAUAUUUUUCGGACAACCUCAGGUUUGAAAUGCAUGCUACUUGAAUUUAGUGUCAGUGACUGCUCACUCACUUGCAACUGACGAUGGAUUGUACACAUAAAAAACAAGAACAUCUUGUUUUCUUCUAAAUAGUUCUAUUUUAUAUGUUGAGUCAACAUUUGGUUCACUGUAUAGUACAUGUAUUGUAGCAAGAACUCAAGUAUAAGUUACAAAAGUAAUUACUGAUAUUAUGAGUCAAUUGUGUAGGUUGAUAUUUUUCUUUGCCUUGGUUGAAAAAAAAAGUGAGUUCAGUUAAACAAUAGCUUUCUUUAUUUAUAUGGAAAUGUUUGUAUUUUGCAAAAAACAAUUUUUGUCAAGUAUAUUUUAUUGAUAUUGUGGGUGAGUUUUGCUGUCUGUUACAAUUUCAUGUCAAAUAGUUGGUGGAAUAAUUUAUAGAAAUGUGUGAUUAGCAUUAUUUAUGUCUCGUGGUGGAUAAUAGAUGCUACGGAACCUUCAGGCUUUGUGUUAAAACCUACUUUGUGGGUAAAAUACUCUGAAAAUGUCACAAAUUGAAAGUACUAAUCUGUUUUGGAGAAACACUGAGCGCACAUAAACAAUGGAAUUACCAAUGAAUGUGAAUAAACUUUUAAAUGGCGCAAACAGUCAAUGGAAAUGUCAAUAAAAAUUCUUUGGAAUCA